GAGUCUACAGCUCCGCUACCACAGUACCGCUAAUUCAGCCACUGCAACCAAAGGAGCUUCACACACUCUCUUACACAUACACACAGACACAAAGAGAUCAAAGAAUGGCAGCCUACUUGCCCCGUCCAGAAGACGAGCGGCCUCAAGGAAAAGAGCGUCGUCAUCGGGACGAACGAGGAGCGGAACCCCGGCCCCAACGAAAUCCGUCUCGAAAUCGCGACCGCGAUCAUGUGGAUCGGCGCGGAAGACCCACUUUCUGGCAGUACUCUUGCGGUCUCUGCCAAGAUGACCAUGCGCUGAGCACAUGCCGCCGAUUCCGGGACCAGACCCCAUACCAACGUUACGAAACUGUGGAGCGGCGGGGGUAUUGCCGUAAUUGCUUGGCGCGCAGUCAUCUUGCACCUGAUUGCCAGUCCAUCGCAGGCUGCCGUCGCUGCGAGGAGCGACAUCACACGCUGCUGCAUGGGGCACCGCAGCUUGAAAACAUGGAGAGGCCCGCCGAUGAUUUUGCUCCUGCCAACAACGCCAGACCUGCACCCACAGCAUCCCCACCCUUUAAGUGGGAUCUUGUCUUUGUGCCUACUGCCAUGGUACGAAUAGCAGAGGAUGGGGUCGAUACUUGGGCCACCGUGCGAGCGUUGAUCAAUCAAUCAUCUACAAUGUCUCGGCUGGCCUAUUCUACAUUCCGGCGACUUGGACUACGAUCGUGUACAUACCAGGGCAACAGGUUUACAACCUUCCGAUUGAUGCAUCGCAGCCCAAAUAGCAACUGGGCACUUAAGAUUAAUGCACUCAUCACAGAUGCAUUGCCUUUCCGACCCUACUCAGACCCACUUUUGGAGGACCCGACCCGUGAUUUAGCGCAAGACACCCUUGCUGAUACAGACCCUAGAGCCAACACGUCAAUAGACUUAGAAUUGGGCGCGGAUGUCUAUCCGAGACUGCAGAGGGAUGGCCAUGUCUUUGCCGGCAUUGGGGAUGUCAACGCAUUCCAGACCACUCUUGGCUACGUCUUUGUCGGCCCCAUCCGGAAUAUGCCUAGACACUAAGCUAACA